UUAUAUACAUUUGUAAUUUGAUGGUUAGGUUGUAAUCAGACAGAAAAACAUUAAGUAUACUUAAAUGUCAGUUCCUUUAGUUCACAUUUAAAUUGGGAGGAUCCCAUGGGUUGUUGAUUCACUUUAACUUGCUGCGUAUUGUUUUCUCGAUGGAAUAUACUGUAAGAAUUUAACAACGAAACUUUUUGAGCAUAUUUGGGAAGUUUUGUUUUGGUACUAUUAUAACCAUUGCUUUUAUGGUAUCAGUUCUUAUAUUUAGGUUAUUGAUGCAUGUUAAAUUAGUUUUUGUUCAGGAUAUGACAUAUCGGAAUCAACUUGUCUUUUGCAUGUGGAAAUUCAGGUGUCCUAGCACCAUAUGUUGUAGAGACUAUUCUUUCCUCAUUAGAAACCAUUCUUUUAAAAACCUUUUUUAUGUAUCUUCCCGACUUGGACGUCUUAUCUUCAUUUCAGUGUCAACAAGCCCCAACUAACCUCUCCAUGCUUUCCCAGAAAACCUACUCCCCUUUAAGUUUUCCGCAUCCAUGUUGAUGGCACUCCAUCUUUUCAGUCUUCAUGGGUAAGUAUCUGGAAUUCAUUCUUACCACCUCUUUCUGUCACAUCCCAGCCUUCAGCCUGCCUGGAACUUCUGUUGGAUCUACCAUUAAGAUAUGUAGGGGCCACCCUUUGCACACUCACUUUUAUUGCCACCGCUCCAGUCUCAACAUUUUUUAUAUGAUUAUGGCCAUAACCAUCUAAAGAUCUGCCAGCUUCGACAUUUGCCCCUAGACAAAUGUUUUUUUAGAGCUGUCAGAUGAAUAUCCUCUGCUCAGAUUCCUGAAAUUGCUUUGCAUUUCACUCAAAUUAAAAACCAGAGACUAUCCUGGCCAACCAGUAUCCCAGAGCAUAGUAAGUCUGUUGUUGUUGUUAGGUGCUGUCGAGUUGGUUCUGACUCAUAGCAAAACUGUGUGCAGCAAAACGAAACACUCAUCCAGCACCAUCCUCACAAUUGUUGUUAUGCUUGAGCCCAUUGUUGCAGCCACUGUGUCAGUCCAUCUCAUUGAGGAUCUUUCUCUUUUUUGCUGAUCAUCUACUUUACCAUGCAUGAUGUCCUUCUCCUGGAACAGAUCCCUCCUGAUAACAUGUCCAAAGUAUGUGGACGUCAUCUCCGCAUCCUUGCUUCCUAGGAGCACUCUGGCUGUACUUCUUCUAAGACAGAUUUGUUCCUUCUUUUGGCAGUCCAUGGUAUAUUCAGUGGAAACCCUGGUGGUGUAGUGGUUAAGUGCUAUGGCUGCUAACCAAGAGGUCGGCAGUUUGAAUCCGCCAGGUGCUCCUUGGAAACUCUAUGGAGCAGUUCUACCCUGUCCUAUAGGGUCGCUAUGAGUCGGAAUCGACUCGACGGCAGUGCAUUUUUGGGUAUAUUCAGUAUUCUUUGCCAACACCACGAUUCAAAGGUGUCAGUUCUUCAGCCUUCCUUAUUCAUUGUCUGACUGUCAUGUGAAUAUGAGGUGAUUGAAAACACCACGGCUUGAGUCUGGUGCACCUUAGUCUUUGAGGUGACAUCUUUUCUUCUCAAAACCUUGAGGUCUUUUGCAGCAGAUUUGUCUACUGCAAUGCACCUGUUGGUUUCUUGACUGCUGUUUCCCAUGGGUGUUGAUUGUGGAUCCAAGUGAAAUAAAAUCCUUGACAACCUUGGUCUUUUCUCUGUUUAUCAUGAUAUUGCUUAUUGGUCCAGUUGUGAGGAUUUUUGUUUUCUUUAUGCUGAGGUGUAAUCCAUACUGAAGCCUUUGUUCUUUGAUCUCAUCAGUAAGUGCUUCAAGUCCUCUUCACUUUAAGCAAGCAAGGUGGUAUCAUCUGCGUAAUGCAGGUUGUUCAUGAGUCUUCCUCCAAACCUGAUGCCCUGUUCUUCAUAUAGACUAGCUUCUCAGAUUAUAUAGUCAGCAUACAGUUUGAAUAAGUAUAUGAAAGGGUACAACCCUGAUGCACACAUUUCCUGACUUUAAACCAUGUGCUCUUCGCUUGUUCUCUUCCAGCAACUGCCUCUUGAUCUGUGUACAAGUUCCUCAUGAGCAUCACUAACUGUUCUGGAAUUCCCAUUCUUCGCAAUGUCAUCCAUAAUUUCUUAUGAUUCACUCAGUAGAAUGCCUUUGCGUAGUUAAUAAAACACAGGUAAACAACUUUCUGGUAUUCUCUGCUUUCAGCCAGGAUCCAUCUAUUAUCAGCAAUGACAUCUCUGGUUCCACGUCUGCUUUUGAAUCUGGCUUGAAUUUCUGGCAGUUUCCUGUUGAUAAACUACUGCAACCGCUUUUGAAUGAUCUUCAACAAAAUUUUACUUGUGGUUGAUAUUAAUGAUAUUGUUCUAUAAUUUCCACAUUCACUUGGACCACCUUUUUUGGGCAUAGGCGUAAAUGUGGAUCUCUUCCAGUCGGGUGGCAAGGUAGCUGUCUUCCAGAUUUCUUGGCAUUGACAAUUGGCAUAGACAAGCUCUGCAUCCAUUUGUUGAAACAUCUCCAUUGAUAUUCCAUCAGUUCCUGGAGUCUCAUUUUUUGCCAGUGCCUUCAGUGCAGCUUGGACUUCUUCCUCCAGUAUCAUCUUUUCCUGAUCAUAUGCUACCUCCUGAAAUGGCUGAGCGUCGACUAGUUCUUGUUGAUAUAGUGACUGCGUAUUUCUUCCAUGUUUUUUUUAAAGCUUCCUGUGUCGUUUAAUAUUUUCCCUGUAGAAACCGUCACUACUGCAACUCAAGGCUUGAAUUUUCUUCAGUUCUUUCAAUUUGAGAAAUGCCAAGCAUGUCCAGCUUUUUGGUUCUCUGUGUCAAGCUCUUUGCACAUGUCAUUAUAAUACUUUGAUUUGUCUUUCCAACCUGCUCUUUGAAAUCUUCUGUUCAGCUCUUUGACUUCAUCAUGUUUUUCCAUUUGCUUUAGCUACUCGACAUUCAAGCGCAAGUUUCAGAAUCUCUUCUGACAUCCAUUUGGUCUUUUCAUUCUUUUCUGUUUUUCUUAAAUGACUUCUUGCUUUCUUCAUGUAUGAUGUCUUUGAUGUCAUUCUAUAAAUCAUCUGGUCUUUGGUCAUUAGUGUUCAACUUGUCAAAUCUGUUCUUGAGACAGUCUCUAAAUUCAGGUGGGAUAUACUCAAGGUCAUACUUUGAUUCUCUUGGACUUGUUCUAAUUUUCUUUUAGUUUCAACUAUAACUUGCAUAAGAACAAUUGAUGGUCUGUUCUGUAGUUGGCCCCUGGCCUUGUACUGACUGAUGAUAUUGAACUUUUCCAUCAUCUCUUUCCACAGUUGUAAUCGAUUUGAUUCCUGUGUAUUCAUCUGGUGAGGUCCAGGUGUGUAGUCACCAUUUAUGUUGGUGAAAAAAAGUAUUUGCAAUGAAGAAGUCGGUCUUGCAAAAUCUUAUGAUUCGAUCUCCAGCAUCAUUUCUGUCACUAAGGUCAUAUUUUCCAACUACCAAUCCUUCUUCUUGGUUUCCAACUUUUGCAUUCCAAUCACCAGUAAUUAUCAAUGGAUCAGGAUUGCAUGUUUGAUCAAUUUCAUGCUGCAGAAGUUCAUAAAAAUCUUGAAUUUCUUCAUCUUUGGCCUUAUUGGUUGAUGCGUAAACUUUAGUAAUGAUCACGUUAACUAGUCUUCCUUGUAGGCAUAUGGAUGUUAUCACUGACAGCGUUGUACUUCAGGAUAGAUCUUGAAAUGUUCUUUUGAUGAUUAAUGGAACACCAUUUCUCUUCAAGUUGUCAAUCCCAUCCUUGUAGACCAUAUAUGAUUGUCCAAUUCAAAACGGCCAGUACUGGUACAUUUUAGGUCAUUAAUGCCUAGAGUAUCGAUGUUUAUGGGUUCCAUUUCAUGUUUGACGAUUUCCAGUUUUCCUAGAUUCAUACUUUGUUCAUUUCGAGUUCCGAUUAUUAAUGGAUGUUUGCAGCUGUGUCUUCCCAUUUUCAGUCAUGCCACAUCAGGAAAUGAAGGUUCUGAAAGCUUGACUUCAUCCACGUCAUUAAGGUUGACUCUACUUGAGGAGGCAGCUCUUCCCCAGUCAUAUUUUGAGUGGCUUCGAACCAGGGGGACUCAUCUUCUGGCACUGUAUCAGACAGUGUUCUGCUGCUAUUCAUAAGGUUUUCACUGGCUAAUUCUUUUCAGAAGUAAACCGCCGAGUCCUUCUUCCUAGUCCGUCUUAGUCUGGAUGGUCAGCUGAAACCUGUCCUCCAUGGAUGACCCUGCUGGUAUUUAAAUUCCGGUGGCGUGGCUUCCUGCAUCACAGCAACACGCACUCCCUCACAAACUGACAGAUGCAAACACAAACUGAUAGACACGUGGGGGACAUUAUGUCUGUCUACCUUAAUCACCCUUCCAACUUCCUCUACUAUUGCUCACCCAGAUCUCAGUCUGCUCCUUUCACAGUGUAUUUGGCUUUACAUACAACAUGCAAGGCACACUCUCCCCUUCUGGCCUAUUUCCUGUUUCUGGAACAAUUUUUUGCCAGAUAUUCCCUUGGAUAACUCCUUCACAUCUCUAACGAGUUAAACCAGUUGUUGAGUGGAUUAGAAUUCAUGUUGACCCUAUGUGGUUCAGAGGACGUUGAUUCAAGAAGUUUCCAGUAGCUGUUAUCUUUUGGAAGUAGGUCAUGAGUCUUCAGAAGUUCCGCUGGAUGGAUUCGAACUGUCAACCUUUCGAUUAGUAGAACUCAGUGGUCUUUGAGGAUGUGGCUGUGAACUUCACCCAGGAAGAGUGGGCUUUGCUGGAUUUUUCUCAGAGGAAACUCUACAGAGAUGUGAUGAUAGAAAUCUUCGGGAACCUGGACUCAGUUUUUAAACAGGGUGAUAAUGGACAAAUGUCCAUGAAGAAUGACAGCUGGUCCUCCAUGUUAGCAGAAAUCUGUGGAUUCCAUGGCAUUGAGUGUCAGCACAACAACCAGGGAAGGCAUGUGAGAAUAUGUACAGUAGAGAGCCUCUGUGAAAGUAAAGAUGGUAAAGUAAAUAAAGGUGAAGACGGUAAUCAGUGUGGAAAAACUUUCAUCUCCGUUGGAUAUCUUACUAGUCUUGAACGAACCCCAUCUGGAAGCAGUCUUUUUGAAUGCCUUGAAUGUGGAAAAGCCUUUAUGGAUCAUUCAUCAUUUGAGUAUCACAUCAGAUCUCACGCUGGAUACAAACCGUGUCAUUGUAAGGAAUGUGGAGAAGAUUGCAGUUAUCUUUCUUACCUAAAACCUCGACUGAGAGAGAAGCUUUGUAAACGUAAGGAUUAUGGUAAACCUUGUAGUUGUUCCUUAACCCUCGCUAAUCAUCUGAGAACUCACAGUGGAGAGCAGCCUUAUGAAUGUAAGGAAUGUGGGAAAGCCUUUAGUUGUCUCUCAAGCCUCAUUAGACAUAUAAGAACUCGCAGUGGACAGAGGCCUUAUGAAUGUAAGGAAUGUGGGAAAGCCUUUUUAUACUCCUCAUCCCUUGCUACACAUAUAAGAAUUCACAGUGGAGAGAAGCCUUACAAAUGUAAGGAAUGUGAGAAAGCCUUUAUUUAUCUCUCAAGCCUCAUUAGACAUACAAGGUCUCACAGUGGAGAGAGGCCUUAUGAAUGUAAGGAAUGUGGGAAAGCCUUUACUUGUUCCUCAUCCCUUGCUACACAUAUAAGAACUCACAGUGGAGAGAGGCCUUAUGAAUGUAAGGAAUGUGGAAAAUGCUUUUCUUUUUCCUCGUCUCUCACUACCCAUAAAAGACUGCACAGUGGAGAGAGGCCUUAUGAAUGUAAGGAAUGUGGGAAAGCCUUUACUUGUUCCUCAUCUCUCACCACACAUACAAGAUCUCACAGUGGAGAGAGGCCUUAUGAAUGUAAGGAAUGUGGAAAAUGCUUUUCUUGUUCCUCGUCUCUCACUACCCAUAAAAGACUGCACAGUGGAGAGAGGCCUUAUGAAUGUAAGGAAUGUGGGAAAGCCUUUACUCGUUCCUCAUCUCUCACCACACAUACAAGAUCGCACAGUGGAGAGAGGCCUUAUGAAUAUAAGGAAUGUGGGAAAACCUUUGGUCGAUCCUCACACCUCACUAUCCAUAAAAGAAUGCACAGUGAAGAGAGGCCUCAUGAAUGCAAAGAAUGUGGGAAAGCCUUUAAGCAGUUAUCACAACUCAACAGACAUGUAAAAAUUCACAGUGGUGAGAAGCCUUAUGAAUGUAUGGAAUGUGGAAAAUCCUUUAGUAAGGUUUCAUACUUCACUGGCCAUAUGAGAGCUCACAAAGGAUACAGGCCUUAUGAAUGUAAAGAAUGUGGGAAAGCUUUUAGAUAUUCCUCAUACCUCACUACCCAUAAAAGAACGCACAGUGGAGAGAAGCCUUAUCAGUGUAAGGAAUGUGGGAAAGCCUUUUUUCAGUUCUCACACCUCAUGACCCAUAUAAGAUCUCGCAGUGGAGAGAAGCUUUAUGAGUGUAAGGAAUGUGGGAAAGCCUUUAGUCGUUUCUCGUCCUUGUGUAAACACAUUUGUACUUACAAUGAAGAUAGGCCUAAUGAUAGUAAGGAAUGUGAGAAAUCCGUUAGUUCUGACAAAUCACUGACGAUGUAACAUCUCAAAGUGGAGAGAACCUGUAGUGCAGUCUGUUGCUAUCAUUCAGUUCUAGCCAUGGUCUUGUAUGUCCUACAAAAUGAAUGAGUGGGACCAUACCAAUAAGGUGCAUGGAACCCUUGAAGGUAUUGGUCAGCUUUGCCAUCCACACUAGGUUUUAAAAAAGAACCAAUUGCACAGAGGGAUAGGGGGACCUCACUGACACCAAGACUAGCCACACAGGACUGGCCAGGAGUGGAGUGCAUCCUUUGGACCCAGGGUUUUGUGCUGAGAACCUCCUAGACACAGGACACAGACAAUAUUAACAUGGUAGGAGGAGGGGCAUGAGUUGGUGAGAAAUGACAUCAUGUACAGCAGAGAAACGCAUGGCGGCAGAACCAGGAGAAGGCAGCAUGAGACAGUGUAGUGGGCUUCCCAGCUCACGGAGCAAGGCAGCCACAUUGGGCUUCCCAAUCCACAGAGUGAGAGCUGUGUGCCAUUGGGCGGGAGGCUUCCUGCCAGAGUAGAGUGCCUCUAGGCACUCGUUGACGUGGCUAAAGAGCUGUAACAAUUUCUUGAACAGGGCAGAGUCUGGCAUCCAAGGCCAGGCCUGAACAGGGCCCAGCAGUCGCAACACCCUGGCUUGGAUAUGUUGGCAGAGGUCGAGAAGGAUCUCUCCUGAUCGAAGAACUAUAUCCUGAGUUGUUUCUGUUACCUCUUUGUUCCUACUGAUCCUGAAUGGUAACCUGUUAUUUCUCUAAUAAGCCCCAUUAAUCUUGAGUAUGGUCUGUGAGUUCUGUGUGGCCAUUGCAACAAGUUAUCUAACCCAGCAGAGCAGUUGAGAGUGCACUGGGAGGGACGACUGGCAUCAGAAUUGGUAUAAAGUUUGUAGGUUGGAGGUAUGUUUGAACUCUACCUCAUAGGAAUUAGCUUUGGGCUGCUGAUGAUGGCAGUUCUUUCCGCUCUCCUGGAAGUUAGAAGAUGGCUUCUAAUGCAAUACCAGACUGUCUGAGUUGAAUCUUACUAUCUUAGAAAAGCCUGACUGUCUUAGUUAUCUAGCGUUGCUAUACUAGAAAUACCACAAGUAAAUUAGUGACUUUAACAAACAGAAAUUUAUUCCCUCACGGUGUAGGAGGCUAGAAGUUGUUAUCUUAUGUGCUGGCUCUAGGGGAAGGGUUUUUCUGUCAGCCCUGAGGGAAGGCCCUUGUCUCCUUUCAGUAUCUGUGGGCCCAGAGUUCCUUGAAGAUCUCCAUGUGUCUUGGUAUCAGUCUUCCUCUGAGUCCAGGAGGUCUCAGUGCAGGAACCUCAGGUCCAAAAGAUGCACCCCACUUCUGGCUCUCUUCUCUUUGUCUUGAGGCCUCUCAUUUCUCCUUGCUUCUCUCUCUCUUUAUCUCUUGUAAGGUAGAAGGUGUAACUCAAGCAAGGGUGGUAUUGCAUCCCACCCUAAUCCUGCUUAAUAUAACAAACACAAGAGUCGUCAUUAACACAUAGAGGUUAGGAUUUACAUCACAAAACGGAGGGGAAUUACAUCUGAUCACAAAAAAUGGAGGACAACUACACAAUACUGGGAACCAUGGCAUAACAAGUUUACACAUGUUUUUUGGGGGGGGAUUCAGUUCAAUCCAUGACAUUCCACCCUUUGCACCCCCAAAAUUCACAUCCUAACCAUAUAUAAAACACGUUCACCCCAUCAUAUCAUCCUGAACAUUACAAAAGAUCUCCAACUACAGAAUCUCAUCUCAUGAGUCAUUUAAUUCAAAUAUGAGUGAGACUUUAUGUGUAUUCCAUUUUUGGGCAAAAUUCCACUUCAUCUGUGAAAUACGGACUACAAGUUACCUGUUUCCAAAGUAUGGUGGUGUUACAGGCAUAAGGUAGACAUUUCCAUUACAAAUGGGAGAAAUCGGAGUGAAAAAAGGGGUAACAGACACCAAGCAAGUCCAAUACCCAAGAGAAUUAUUUACAUUAGUUCUCAGGUCUUGAAAAUAAUCCCCUGUUCUUGGAGCUUAUCUGAGCAAUGACCCUGCCCUCUACACUCUGAAUGUUGGCCAUGCUGUCUGGAUUCUGGGCAAAGGCUCUUGAUCCUGGGCCUUAACUCCACUUUCCGGGGCCACUGUGACAACAGCUCCGAUUCCUUGCCUUAGGUGGCUCCAUUCUGCUAGUCAGUUUGAGUGGUGACCUCACCCCCUUUGAACCUUGGACAAAACAGCCCCACUUCCUCAGCCUGGGCAGCAACCCCAUGCCCCUGGCACACCUUAAUGGCAGCCCCACACUCUGGAACCCAGUAGGAGGUCCAACUCUGAAACCCAGGAGGCUGUGGCACCACUCUUUGAUAACCAGGAGACUGUGGUUCCAACCAUUGGAAACCCAGAGGCCAUGGCCCUACACUUUAAGAAGGAGGCAGCACUGCUUCCUGUGCUCAUUGCAACAAUUCUGUAUAUUUCAAAGCUGCUCCAGGGAUGAUUCUCUUCUUGGAGGACAACUAAUGUGGCUCCUUUGGCCUGUUUUCCUCCUUCAGAGUUCCAAGAGGCAUAUAGCGUUCUUUCCUCAUCCUCUCAGUCUAAGCUGACAGGUCUUCUGGUGUGGUAGUUUGUUAGAUCCAUCAGUCAGAGGCUGAGUCUGUUUGGCAAAAGUUUGUGUAGCCACAUCAUUGAUAAUGAUGAACAGCCUUUCUUUGGAAUGGGCACAAAUAUAGAUCUCUUCCAGCUGGUAGGCCAAGUAGCUGUCUUCCAAAUUUCUUGGCAUAGACGAGUGCUUCCAGAGUUGCAUGCAUUUGUUGAAGCAUCUCAAUUGCUUUUCCAUCAACUCCUGGAGACCUGUUUUUUGUCAGUGCCUUCAGUGCAUCUUGGACAUCUUCCUUCAGUACCAUCUGUUCUUGAUCAUGUUCUACCUCUGGAAAUGGAUGAACAUUAACCAGUUCUUUUUGGUGCAUCUUUCCUUUCAUCAUCUUUUGAGGCUUCCUAUUCCAAAAUAUUCCAACCAUAUUUUGCCCGUUGUUGUUGUUAUUUGGUGCCGUUAAGUUGGUUCCAACUGAUAGCAAUAAUAUGUACAAGAGAAUGAAACACUGCCUGGUCCUGUGCCAUCCUCAUAAUUGUUGUUAUGCUUGAGCUCAUUGUUGCAGCCACUCUGUCACUCCAUCUCACUGAGGGUCUUCUGCUUUUUUGCUGACCCUCUACCAAGCAUGAUGUCCUUCUCCAGGGACUGGUCCCUCUUGAUAACAUGUCCAAAACAUGCGAGAAGAAGUCUCUACAUCCUUGCUUCUAAGGAGCAUUCUGGCUGUACUUCUUCCAAGAUAGAUUUGUCUUUUCUUUUUGCGGUCCAUGAUAUAUUCAAUAUUUUUCACCAAUACCAUAAUUGAAAAGCAUCAAUUUUUCUUGGGUCUUCCUUAUUCAUUGUUCUGCUUUCACGUGCAUAUCUACCAAUUGAAAACACCAUGGCUUGCGUAAGGUCCACCUUAGUCUUUAAAGUGACAUCUUUGCUUUUUAACACAUUACUGUCGUUGUUAGGUGCCAUCAAGUCAGUUCCAACUCAUAGUGACCCUACGUACAACGGAAAGAAAAACUGCCCAGUCCUGUGCCAUCCUCAUAAUCCUUAUGCUUGAGCUCAUUAUUGCGGCCACCUUGUCAAUUCAUUUCAUUGAGGGUCUUCCUCUUUUUUUUGCUUACCCUCUACUUUACCAAGGAUGAUGUCCUUCUCUAGGGACUGGUCCCUCCUGAUAACAUGUCCAAAGUAUGUGUGAUGAAGUCUCGCCAUUCUUGCUUCUAAGGAGCAUUCUGACUCUACUUGGUUCAAGACAGAUUUGUCAUCUUAAAGGUGGUAUCCUGUGCCACAAGUGACUUAGGCUUUGCAAAUAGGCCAUCUACCUAUCCUUUCAUAGGCUAGGCUGUUUUUACUUCUACAGAGCCUUCUUUAGUAAGGGUCUGUGUUUGUAAUAAAGCAUUAUAUGCAGCUAGGAAUUUUUUUCCCCAAUGUUUAGUGUGUUUCAGCUCCUUUGAGCUGAGAUCUAAAGCCAGUUGGAUGCCUUUGUUUAUAUUUGCACUGCCACAAGGCCCAUCCCAUUUCAUCCUCCGUGCUUUGGUAUUUAUUCCAAAGGGCAGUGCAGUCUCUAUAGCCUCUUAAUGCUUGAGUCUGAUGUACUGUCUUAGCCUGGGUGAAAGCAUUUUUAAAUGAGGCUCGCCAGUCCCAGGUGGCUCCUGUUUUUAUUAAUCUGUAUAGAGGAUGGAGGCACUGUACUAGGUGAUGAAAGAAA